AUGACGGCCAUCGAGAGCCCGCAGGUCGGCGUCGGCGCCUACGACCAAUCUCUGUCGACGCCCAAUCGCCUCGAGAGGCUGCGCGACCACUCGACCGUGAGCGUCGUGAGCUCCAUGGGCCCCGAUGAGAAGGGGGAGCACGCGUCGGUGCAGUGGCGACCGUCGGCGUUGGCCACGAUGAAGGAGGACCCGCGACGACAGCUCACGGUCUUGGGCAUUGUCGGGCUCUGCUACUUCUCCGUGUGCGGUGGACCCAUCGGAUCCGAGCCAAUCAUCUCCGCUGGUGGUCCGCUGCUUGGACUUAUCAUGCUGCUGCUGUUCCCGGUGAUCCUAGGCCUCCCGAUUGCCUACGUCACGGCGGAGCUCAGCACUGCGUACCCGGAAGACGGAGGCUACACGGUGUGGGUGCUCAACGCCUUCGGUCCGUUCUGGGGGUUCCAAACGGGCUACUGGGCCUGGAUCUCGGGUGUGAUCGACAACGCGCUGUACCCGGGACUCGCCGUGUCGACGUUCACGGAGGUCUAUGGAGAUAUCGGCUCUCCGACGGCCGAGUACUUUAUCAAGGCGGUGAUUGCCGUGGCCCUGACGCUGCCAAACCUGCUCGGCAUUCGCGUUGUGGGCAACGGGAUGGUUGUCUUGUCCACCUUUGUCAUGGUCCCGUUCAUCGUGCUCUUCGUCUGGGGACUCGUGAGUGGACACGACUGGAGCGCGCUGGGAGAAGUUCGUCGCUCUGAUAUUGUGUACGACGCCAACGGAGACUUUGUGAGCAUGACCGGCAGUCUGGACAUUGACUGGUCGACCUUGAUCAACACGCUCUUCUGGAAUUUCAACGGGGCAGUCGGAAUGUCGGUGUUUGGUGGCGAAGUGAGCGAUCCGGGACGCGCCUACCCGCGCGCGAUGCUGGUGUCGGUGCUUCUCAUCGCUCUCACGUACAUCAUCCCGCUGUUUGGCGCCACGGUGUUCAACUCGCCGAACUGGACGACGUGGGACGACGGAUCGUUCUCGGCCAUUGCGUCGGCUAUUGGCGGCACAUUCCUCUCGACUUGGAUCAUGCUGGCUUCGUUCGCUAGCAACUCGGGCAUGUACAUCGCGGAGCUGUUCACCGACUCGUUCCAGAUCAUGGGAAUGGCGCAGAACAACCUUGCACCAGCCUUCCUCCAGGCUCGCAACAAGAGGUUCAACACGCCUCACAACGCCGUCUUUGCCAGCCUCGUGGUCAUCCUUGUGCUCAUCAAGUUCGACUUCGACGACAUCGUCAACAUGACCAACGCGCUGUCGGCUUUCUACCAGAUCCUCAUCUUCGCCGCCUUCAUCAAGUUGCGCUACACGCACGCAGACCUCAAGCGCCCGUACAAAGUGCCUGGUAGCAUCCCGAUGCUUCUGCUCGGCCUUUUGAUCCCGACGGCUUUACUCGUCUACAUUGCGGUGGACGUCUUCUUCACGCUGGUGCCUGCGCUGAUUGUGCUGGGCGUGACCUUGGCAGGCUUCCUGUACGCUCGCUGGAAGAAGUUCACGCGUGCGCAGUUCGGAGACCUGAGCUUGGAGGGAUAG